AUGGCUCAAAAAGACAUACUUGGUGCUUUAAAAGAUAAAGAUCCAGAAAACCUCACUAGUGUUACUCAGGUGUAUACAACUACAACUACAACUACAUACAGAACAUGCAAGAGAGAUGCAUUGACAGAAAUGCAGAUUUUGUUGAGCCUUAUUCAUAAAGAGAAAUACAUGUGUUGGACUAGAAAUAGGGACAAGUCAGAUGUUGUAGCUGAUAUCUUUUGGAAACAUCUUGAUUAUGUGAAGUUGCUGAAUAUGUUUCAUUUGGUGUUGAUUUUUGAUUGCACAUACAAGACAAAUAGGUACCAAAUAUCACUACUUGAUAUUGUUGGUGUUACGUCAACGAAGUUGACAUUUUUAGUUGCCUUUGCGUAUUUGGAACACGAAAGGGAGAAGAAUUUCACAUGA